CAGACAUGAGUGCAGGUGCUGGAGUCGCUUCGGAUGGUGUUGCUGCUGCCGUUGUGGCACUGCCAGUUGGGGGCGUAAAGAAAUCGUAUCAUGAGCUGAUCGUGCAACGUCGGGGCGCUUUAAUGACGAUCCAGUUCAACCGUCCGGCCGUUCGGAAUGCCUUGCGACGUCGCACAAUCUAUGAGCUGUUCCGCGCUCUGGAUGCGGCCAGCGCUGAUCCUGAGGUCAACGUCAUCGUCUUGAUGGGCAAUGCAGAGGCUUUUACAGCCGGCAACGACCUGUCCGAUGUGGCUGCAGUGCAGAACAAGGGCUUGGACGCUCUCAACGUCUACUUCCGCGCCAGCAACUAUGUGAUGAGCUUGCUGGUCAAGCGUAUGCUCCUCUGCCGCAAGGUCCUGGUCGCUCUAGUUCAGGGCGUUUGCGUGGGCAUGGGCGUGACUUUGUGUGCCCUCUGUGAUGUCGUCUAUGCCACGGAGACGGCCCAGUUCUGGACUCCGUUCUCCAAGCUGGGCCUUUGCGCCGAACUCGGCUCCAGUUGGACUCUGCCCCAUCUGCUGGGGCGCUCGAAGGCGGCGGAACUGCUCCUCUUCGGCACCCGCAUGGAUGCUCAGAUGGCUUUGCAGCACGGCUUCGUGGUGGCUGUCCUGCAGGAGGAUCAGCUGCAAGUCCAGUUCUGGCAACGCAUGGAGGAGCACGCUCGCCUGCCGGCAGCUUCUUUGUUGGCCACCAAGCGCCUGCUUCAACACCAGUGGCGUCCGAACGUGCUCGCCGCUUUCAGUGAGGAGUGCAAGGAGCUGGCGUCCCUUCGCCGCAGAUCCACCUAUUUGGGGGAGUUGGCGGCGUUUGCCGGACGCGCUAAACGUUCCCAAUUGAAAAGCAAGCUGUGA